GGAAAACACACAUACGGAAUUUGAGAAUGCUAAAUCAUGGCAACCUUGAUAGAGCGGCUGGCUUUUCUUCAAAAGGUUCCAACUUUGAUGAAGGCUACGUCCGAUGACGAGACGCCCUGUCCUGGCUACCUCUUUGAAGAAAUCGGCAAAAUCUCCCAUGAGUCUGUGGGCUACUGCCAGUGUCUGCUCGAGUACCUCCUGGAGAGGCUGCAGAUCCAGUCGUGCCAGGUCAAAAUCAAGGUCCUGAAGAUCUUGCUGCACCUGUGUGGCCAUGGCCCCCCUCACCUGCUCACAGAGCUCAGACGCAACGCCACCUUCAUCCAAGAAGUCCUCGCCUACAGUGGUCCCCCUGAUCCCAUCCAUGGCAACGCCCCCUACCAGAAAGCCAGAUGUGCUGCACAGGAGUUGGCCAGACUGCUGUUUACAGACUCUGUGUCUCCCGAGUCAGGUGUGUCCCCUACCAAAGCGUCUACGCUGACAACCGCAGGCAUGGGCUCCGAAUCAGCUCCACGCUCUGGCAUGCAGGGCUUUGGCUACAGUCCUGGAAGAGUCUCUGGCGGGGAGACGUUCCUUGAUAAGAUCCAGAAGGCAGCGGAGGUGGUGGCCAGUGCUGUCCUCCCUCCCUCCGAGCAGCCGGGCAUCCGGCUCCAGGACAACCACUACCGGGCGGUGUUGGCACCCUGUGGGGUGGUGGAGGUGGCAGUGCCCGCCUGCGCCUACAGCAUGCCCACCAAGAGCCACAGAGCGUUGGCGUUGCGGUGUCCAGGUCAGGUGGGCGGGGGCUGGGAGGAGAACGACAGCGGCCACAGCUCCUCCCACAACUCCUCACAGGAGAACACCGACGCCAGCCGCGCCUCCCUGGCCGCCAGCAGCAAAUCGGGAGGCACGACCGACAGCCAGUCAGCUGCCAGCAGGGAGAGCGGGGACCUAUCAGAGCGGGUGGAGGCUAUGCAGGUGGGCGACUGUGGCCAGGAGAUGGCGCUCACCAGCCGUCUGACAGAGGGCUCCAAAGUCUUCCUCACCCGAGAGGAGAGUCAGCACUUCAUCAAAGAGUGCUCCACUCUCAACUGUGAGGUUGUAGUGGAACUUCUGUGCCGACGGCUACAGGAUUCCCCACAGACAGUCCAAAUGAGGGCGUUGUGUGCGCUGGCCUGCCUGAUGUCCUCAGACCUGCUGUCUCUGGAGCAGAUCUACAGCGUCACACACAAGCGCCUGGCCCAGGUCAGCCAGGGCACGCCAGGACCCGUCACUAACAAAGCCACCAAGCUGUUGAGGCAGUUCGAGGCCCUGCUAAAAUGCCAGACCCCGCGUCACAGCCUUCCAUCCCCGGCCACCAACAGUCCCCCACUCCCUCUCACAGUAGGCCAGGAGGAGCACGGAGCCUCCAGAACCACCUCCGCCACCGCCACCACCUUCACCUCUGGCAACCUCCUCACUGAUCCUGAUCCGGAUCCUGGAGACAUCGGUCCCCCCGGCUCGUUUCAAUCUCCCAACCUUCCAGCUGAGCCCUCACAGACCCCAGGCAGUCACUCUGAUCUGAGGGGGGAGGACUUGGGAGAAGAGCCCCACGAGCCCAGGGGUGGGGAACCACAACCAGACCUCCAGGCGUUGGGGGAUGAGGUAGAGGGGGAUGCAGAGCUACAUGACCCUGAUCCUGACCCUGACCUAUGCCCUGGUCCUGCUGGAGAGGGAGAGGGAGAGGGAGAGGGGGAGGUGGAUGGGGCUGUGGAAGCCUUCGUCUCCUCUUCUUCUCCUAGUCAAGCUCCAGACCCUGCUGCAGACAGACUGUCACUGUUUAGCGGCAUGGAGCUGGUGAACAGCGCCAGCCCACCCCCACACCCACACCCACACCCAUCCCCACACCUCUCCGACCCGUCGUCUGGUGUUGAUGUAGAACUGUCUGUUGCCUUGACGACAGGGAGCCCUCCCGUGUCCGCGGAGACGGAAGGGGAGGAGCAAACGGGACUCAGAGGCUCAGAGGCAGAUGCUCCUCAGAAUUCCGGUGUAGAUGACCCCACCAGUAUCACCCAAUCAGAUGGUGACGAUCUAGGACAGUCGGAUCAACCACAAGUGUCUGCCUUCUCCUUCCUGAACUUAUGAUGCUUGUUUUGAACAAACACUUAGUUCACUUUAUCACCAAGAAGUACGUAUGUAAAUAGUGUGUGUGAGAUUGGGGUUAUAGAUAUAUAUAUAUUAAAAAAAUAUCUACAGGCAUUUCAGAGCUCCAAAGAGGCAAGGCUGUGUACGAAACACACUAAAGCAACUAACCUAACGUUUGCACUGUUUACACCUUUCUAAAGGAUGAUGCUGCUAGUCAUUUCUUCUAAAGUUUGACGGUUUUGUUUUCAAAAUAUUUAUUUAAUUUUUGAAAAGGUUAUUUUGAUAAGAAAUGCACCAGGUCUGUUUUUAUUCAGGAUUUCAGAGGUACUGUAUGUUGGUUUGUGUUCUCACCCUUUACCUCUCAGGGUAUCCAUACAGUGUACUGUAAGAUGGGCGUUCACUUUCUAUGAAGUGUGUAUUUACAACACUUUGGAAACCCAGGGGUGCAUUUCUGGAAAGCGUAGUUGUUAGUAGUUAGCAAUUUCGGUAGUUGCCAAUGGGAAAUUGCAUUGCAACCAACAAAGUAGCUAACAUAGUUAGCAACUACGCUUUCCAGAAAUUCACCCCAGGCUUAUACUUUUGACUGUACUCCUAAGGCACACGUGUCAACCUCAAGGCCUUAUGUGGCCUGCAAAGUCAUUUCAUGUGUAAGUCAUUUAAUUUAUGAGUAUUCCAUUUAUUUGCCUUACUUAAAGUAUUAAGUGUGUGUAUGCACAAUUUCAGUGCAUUUUUGAAUGAUUAUUGAAUUCGGCCCACAACUUCAUCCCCGGUUUAGAUUUUUGGCCUACUGUAAAUUUCAGUUUGACACGCCUGUCCUAAGGCAUUAUAAUGCUCCUGUCAUCAAUCCAUUUCCAACUCCAAAUGGCGGUACAUUCUUACGCUAUGAAGCUUCACCUGUCUGAGUACACAGCAUCAUUUAGGGCCAAUGUAUAUGAAUACAGAGUUCAUAGUCAUAAUAUGCAUCACAACACUUCAUGAAAGGGGUUAUAAAUACAAACUACAUAGAAUGUGAUGGGCACUCCACAAAGAUAGCCUUUCAUGGUCUUAAUUUAUGCAUUUCUUUGUCAUUUGUGUUUUUUGUAGUAUCAAAUGGCAUCUUAUGGCAAAAUAUAUUCAAAAUAAUAUUUCAAAAGGUACUAAUGUCUUAAGAAGGGUUAAGGCAGAUUCCUGAACAAAGAAAACACUAAUAGACUAGUUGCUUCACCAAUUUGGUCCAUGUGCAGUCUUAAACCCUUUAAAUAACUCCAUUACUAUUCGUAUGCAUCCUUUUACAAGUAUUUUAAGAUUUAUUUUUUUAACCUUUUCCAGUCAUAUGGAAAGGACUAAAGUGUAUAUUGCACCCUUAAUCUUUCUGUGGCACUACCUCGGUUUCAUUUUCUUUUGUUUGUUAAUUUUUUUUUGCAUGUGUUCAGAUAAGCAUCUGUAAAUUGGGGCUGUCGAGUGCAGUGUGCAAAUUUCCUGCACCUGCAGUGGGGUUUAAGGGUAGCGUUCCUCUGAGAAGCCAUUUACAUAUGUGGAUAUUUUUAUAACAGAAUUUAUCAAUUUGCAAAUUAACAACAUGUGAAUAAAAAUAAACAUGCCAGGUUUGUGACAGGUGCAUUUAAGAUCCUAAAACGGAUAUUUUUGAAACCUGUUAAACCAAAAGGUAUAAGGCCAAAACUGAUGUUUUUAAAAAAAUAUCCACAUGUGUAAUCAGCCUCUCCGAAUGUACCCUGAGAUAGGCCUGCUUUAAGUCUUCCGUUAUUCAUGCAUUAUGUGCAACUACUACGGCACUGCUUACACUGCAGAUAAUGCCUGUAUGAAGCUUGUAUGUAUAUGUCCCAGUGUGUGUGUGUGUGUGUGUGUGUGUGUGUGUGUGUGUGUGUGUGUGUGUGUGUGUGUGUCUAGGUAUUAUGUUUGGAUGUUUAUGUGUGUUGUGUUAACACAGCAUCAUUCUGAUGCGUCACCUUUCAAGUCACUGACCAGGCAGCAAUAUUUGACGAUAAGAGUAUGCCCUUGGUGUUCAACACCUGCUGAAGUCAAGACCUAACACCCUUGCCGCAACAUGACUUUACCGACUGUUAAGUUUAGGGAAGGGUGAGGUCCAAGACGGUUUUGCCAACUGGUCAAAUGGCAUUGAAAAAUGACACCAGGGAUAUGAGAAUGCACUGUGCAUGGGUGUUCUGCUUUGAUGUCAAGAGGUUGUGCAAACAAACAACAUGUGGAUGUUGUGCAACUGUUUCCUUAAAGUAACUGCUGGAUCCUUAUUGUGUGUUAAAAGUGUUGUUAGUAAAUGAUGUGUCUGUUCCACAACAGUGGUUGAAGCUCUCCCAGUUUCAAUAAAAAGCCAUGCAUUUGUGUUUUUUAAACAAGGCAGGGGGGAAAAUAAAUCUGACUGUAUUUUAACAACUCAAUAUUG